UAUAGCCAUUCAAGCUAUGGAGGAAAUGUACAGACUGUUACUGCCAAAUAAUGGACCCCGGCACUACCACGCGCUCAGUCUACCUCUGCUUUUCAUUGGUUCACUCAUCAUCAUCAGCACCAGGGAAGCUGAACAGCGCCAGAGGACGCAUUGCUUGCGGAGAAAAGAGGAGACAAGACAGAAUCCCUAAUGAAUCCGUAAUGUGUCUGAGUUCAUCAAGCCAUGCGGCGACAAUUCGAUACAUUGAUUGUCUGAUUGGAUAGAACUGUGGUAGGCUAUAGAAUUUCUCUUUUCUUAAACAAUUAUUUUUCACACCCGCUGAUUUAUCGAGGCGAGAGGCUGUUGUUCAGCCAAUUCUGCAGAGAGGAAGCAAGCGUUAAAUGAAAAAUGCGGGAAUUCUCCGCUUUGGCCUUGUUUUUAUCCAUCGUUUUACUGUCAUAGUGAGGAAUGCUGGGUGGUGUAGAUUGUCAAUGUCAUCGCUCCGAUCAAGUGCACCUUGUGAGCCGCCAGCGCCGCAUCAACAAGCAUCACGACCACCACCCGACGGGGACAUCGACACGAAGCCUCUGAGUCCGCCGCUCUCCUCCGGCUUGUGACAUGACAGCCCGGGGAAGAAAGAAGAGGAUCAAGCGGCACAGACCUGCAAGCGGACGUGUGGAUUUGAAUACAAAGGCCGAGGGUAACAAUCAUUUUGAGGGGCUGGAGCCCACGGAAGCCCGGACUGCAAGAGAGGGCAGUGCCACACAGACACCGACAGGCUACACCUGCGAUACGAGACAUAGAGAGGAUCCCAUAUCACCAACUGCUGUUAUUUCAUCUGUUCCCCUAUCCCAAGAUCAGGCCACCUAUCUGUUUCGUCUUCGUGCGUAAAUGUGGAUGGAACUGAUUGCGUUUUUGGAUGCAUAAAAUGCAUUGACUAAUGUGCCAUUGUAACUAUAGCGUCUGGAAGUCGAUGGGACGUGACAGAGAUUGAUGACACAUUUAUCCCAAGUCCACAGUGUUAUCAUCCCGUCAAGUCCCCCUGGCUAGAACCCUAACCUCAUCAUGGGCUGCAUACAGAGCAUCACCUGUAAGUCGCGCAUCAAACGUGAAAACAUAGUGGUCUACGACGUUUCCGCCACUAUCGACCACUGCCCAACAAUCAUUGAGGAGAACUCGCCUAUAGUGUUGCGCUACAAGACGCCCUAUUUCAAGGCCUCUGCACGGAUAGUGAUGCCCCCUAUUCCCCGUAAUGAGACUUGGGUGGUGGGUUGGAUCCAGGCAUGCACACAGAUGGAAUUUUACAACACCUACAACGACAUCGGCAUGUCUAGCUGGGAGCUACCAGAGCUGUGUGAGGGUCUUGUGAGGGCCAUCAGUGACUCAGAUGGGGUGAGCUACCCCUGGUACGGCAACACCACCGAGACGGUCACCCUGGCGGGGCCCACCUCCAAGCCCUCUCGCUUUACUGUCAGCAUGAACGAUAACUUCUACCCCAGUGUGACCUGGGCAGUGCCCAUCAGCGACAGCAACCUUCCCCUGCUCACUCGCAUCAAAAGGGACCAGAGCUUCACCACAUGGCUGGUGGCCCUCAACACGGCCACGCGGGAGAAGAUCCUGCUGCAGACGGUCAAGUGGCGCAUGCGGGUGGACAUCCUGGUGGACCCCUCCAUGCCCCUGGGCUCCAGAGCCACCCUGAUGGGCCGGACGCACCAGGACCAGCCUCGCGUCCUAACACGCAUGGAGCCUAUCCCCCCCAACGCCCUGGGGAGGCCCAACGCCAACGACGCCCAGGUGCUGAUGUGGAGGCCCAGGAAGGGCCCGCCUCUGGUGGUCAUCCCUCCUAAGUAGAGAAGGAAGGAGAGAGGGAGGGGAGGUGGAACUAUGGGUCCGGACAUCCAGCCAUGAUGAGAUCAAUAUGGACAACUGCCUUAAAUCUCCACCACUGCCUUUGAGUAGAGAGGGAGAAGACCAUUGCUUGGAUCGAGUAUAAAUACAGGACAGACCCACAGAUGGACCUCUGCCUUAAUAAAGCUGGAGAAGCAGGGAUGACUUGUGGGUGUGCCAGGCCCAGCGGGCUUCAGAGUAGGCUACACUCCAGGGGAGCAGCCUGUAACCUAUUGCAUACCAUGCUGCCUCACCGAGAUGACAGAGCAGCCAUCUUUAAUCACAGAUUGCUCUGGGUCUAUGACAGUGAUGUAGAGGGCUGUGUCUCAAAUGGCACCCUAUUACUCUUUGGCUCUGGUUAAAGGUAAUGCAGUAUGUGGAGAAUGCGUUGCCAUGUGAGACUAGCCCAAGGUGUGAGAGGCACAAGAGUACAUGUAUGUGGCUUUAUGGGUAUAAUACAGGUGAGAUUGAGGUGUACAAUGUAUUUUAUAUGUAAGAACAAAGAUUGUGGUACAUUUAAAGUCAGCCUUCAUGCUCAGUACAGUUACAGAAAGGGAUGGAUGUGUUACUGGGAGAGGGGAAAGACAGGGUCUCUAGAGCAAUCUACAGCAGGCCCAAUGAGAACAGCAGUGUAGGCCAGGCCAGGUAGUAGAGGAGUUUCAUUACAAACGCUAUAUAUUCAUUUUCAGAAAUGUUGGUAAAUUAGCUUUUAUUGUUUAAAGAAAUAAUGAAAGAGAUUUAUGUGUUUUUUCACUAUCUAAUCAUGGCAUGUUCAAUGACAGACAUGCAUUUGUUUAAAUCUAUCACUUGAUGGCUUCAUUUCAGAGAGACAAAUUAUAUUUUUGUUGUGCAAAAUGCUAUAUAUCCACCUCACUCUCUUUGAAAUAAGUAGUUACGCUAGGUUUUAUAGAAUGAAAUGUAACAAAUAGCUACAUUUUUAAUAAAGAAAUGUACAAAUGAUACAUUUUUGAUAUCUUUAUAUAUUUUAUUUUACAAAAAAUAAUUAAACACAGUAAUAUGAGAUCUAUAUGUAAAACAUUUACAUUUGACAUUUUAGUAAUUUAGUAGAUGCUCUUAUCCAGAGCUACUUACAGUAAGUGCAUUCAUCUUAAGAUAACUAGGUGGGACAACCACAUAUCACAGUCAAAUAUACAGGAUAGAAACAUUCCAUUUGAGCUAAACAAUGGAUAUAUAGCGUUUUCCCCCCCAAAAACAUUUUCAUACAUAUCUAAAAUCUAUGAAUAAAAAAUAUGAGAAAAGUAAUAUUUUAUAAACACAUGAAGGUGAAAAAAUAAUUUCUGGUGAAAAAAUACAAAUGGAAAAAAUUGGUGGAUAUAGCGUUUUGGAAAUCAACUUUUCAGAUGCAGAAAGGAGACUGAGUGGGCCAGGCCAGGUAGUAGAUGAAGAGCAGACUGAGUGGGCCAGGUAGUAGAUGAAGAGGAGACUGAGUGGGCCAGGCCAGGUAGUAGAUGAAGAGGAGACUGAGUGGGCCAGGCCAGGUAGUAGAUGAAGAGCAGACUGAGUGGGCCAGGCCAGGUAGUAGAUGAAGAGGAGACUGAGUGGGCCAGGCCAGGUAGUAGAUGAAGAGCAGACUGAGUGGGCCAGGCCAGGUAGUAGAUGAAGAGCAGACUGAGUGGGCCAGGCCAGGUAGUAGAUGAAGAGGAGACUGAGUGGGCCAGGCCAGGUAGUAGAUGAAGAGCAGACUGAGUGGGCCAGGUAGUAGAUGAAGAGGAGACUGAGUGGGCCAGGCCAGGUAGUAGAUGAAGAGGAGACUGAGUGGGCCAGGUAGUAGAUGAAGAGGAGACUGAGUGGGCCAGGCCAGGUAGUAGAUGAAGAGCAGACUGAGUGGGCCAGGCCAGGUGGUAGAUGAAGAGGAGACUGAGUGGGCCAGGCCAGGUAGUAGAUGAAGAGGAGACUGAGUGGGCCAGGCCAGGUAGUAGAUGAAGAGGAGACUGAGUGGGCCAGGCCAGGUAGUAGAUGAAGAGCAGACUGAGUGGGUCAGGCCAGGUAGUAGAUGAAGAGCAGACUGAGUGGGCCAAGCCAGGUAGUAGAUGAAGAGGAGACUGAGUGGGCCAGGUAGUAGAUGAAGAGCAUACUGAGAAUGUAAUGGGCGUGUUCCUCUGCCCAGGUUUCGCUGACGCAUGCCAGAUCUUACAGCGUGUGAAUAUUUUAAGUUUCAGCUAACCACAGCAUUAUGGUUGCGUUCCCCUGUUCAGACGUUGCAUGCAUCAACCAAUGGUUGCAUGCCACAUCAUCAACUGUGUCAUCGACUGACAGAUUGCCAUAUCAUAUGAUAUGGUUAACUGAUAGGUAAAAUACCUAUCUAGGCAUAAGUUCUGGCAGGCGUGAGCAACGCCAGGGUAGAGGGACGCGUCCUACGUUAUAGCAAUCUGUCAGUCGAUGACAGUCAAUGACGUGGCACGCAACCAUUGGUUGAUGCAUGCAACGUCUGAACAGUGGAAUGCAACCAAUAUGAAUUCCUCAUGCUGCUCAUUACUGAGGUGCAAACCAUACUAGCCUUUACACUGACAAACACACACAUCCCCUCUGUGACUAAACACACAUGCAGACACACACUUAUUCAUAGAUCCCCUCUGUGACUACAACCAAGUCAUUAUCAUAAGAGGGACGAGUGGUAUAUUACAAACCAUUUGUUUAGAUUGGAGGUCAUAUCACAUACCGUGUAUGGUGGCCACUGUAUGGUGACAAACGUCCAUUGAGAGCCAGUCACUCACAGUAAGACGUGCCUGAGAACAGAAUGACGCGGACUGGAGGAUGUAGUGGGACACCGUGGGGUGGUACUUUACAGGGUUUCAGAAUGGAUGGGUGGGAGCUUUUGCAUGCAAGCAGUGUUUUUAAUUCAAUAAAAUGAUUCAAGUAAAA